CCAAUCAGACAAUUGUUGCAACAACAUACGAAUAAAUAAUUUCAUCGGAACCUCCAACAAAAUUUCAAGUUGUUUAUCACCAAAUAGUGCUUACUAAAUCAGAAAAUAUGUUGGGAACAAAGUGUAAAACCACCGAUUAAACAGAUUUUAAUUACAAGGAAUGACGUGCAAAGGUUAGUAAGCAACACGAACAUAUUUAGAGCAAUUAUGUCAUUAAAUGAGGAACAUAAUGGGCAAAACGAAAAAAAGAUCAGAUUCCGAGCUCCAGCCAGGGUUGUUUUCAACUCUGACACCAAAAUUGAAGACUUGUUAAGGAAUGAAAAAAGUGAAAUGUCACCCGAUGAGACAGAUUCGGCUAAAAGAGAAAAAUUUCCGAGCUUGGUGACGUUUUUAAAUGUAGAGCUAACGAGGGAUUAUGUGUUGGAACAUGACGAGGAAAGGUAUUCAGCGAGGCGAGAGAAAAUUUACUCGUUUAUGAAAAUACCCAAGGAAGUCGAAAGAUUCAUGAGGUAUGGCUUCAUGCAGUGUACAGACUCAUUUUUGUUCGUGUACACGUUUUUGCCUAUUCGGGUGAUGCUAGCAUUGUGGGCUUUGAUCACUAGGCCUUUUUCAAAAUGUUUCGGAUUAGGUGAUAAGAAAAACAAACGUAUUUUAACCCCUGCAGAAAUAUGUGAUCUGUUGAAGGCUGUAAUUCUAUUAAUAUGUAGUACAAUAAUGGUGUAUGUCGAUACGAAUAUGUUGUAUCACCUCAUCAAAAGCCAAUCUGUUAUAAAAUUGUAUAUAUUUUACAAUAUGUUAGAAAUCGGUGAUAGGUUAUUUUCCGCCUUCGGCCAAGACACCAUCGACGCUCUGUUUUGGACCGCGACGGAGCCGAGGGGGAGGAAAAGGGAGCACUUGGGGACGAUUCCGCACCUGUUGUUCGCCAUAGUGUAUGUCAUACUUCAUAGUGUUUUAGUACUAUUUCAAGCUACGACGUUGAAUGUGGCCAUAAAUUCAAGUAACAAGUCAUUAAUGACAAUCAUGAUGUCUAACAAUUUCGUCGAACUAAAAGGCAGCGUCUUCAAGAAAUUCGACAAAAACAACCUCUUCCAAGUCUCCUGCAGCGAUGUGAGAGAGAGGUUCCACUUGUUCAUACUCCUCUUCAUCGUUAUACUGCAAACGAUGCGCGAAUACAGCUGGAAGAGCGACCGUUUCUGGGUCCUACUCCCCGACUGCCUCACGGUGCUCCUGGCGGAGAUGUUCGUCGACUGGAUCAAACACGCGUUCAUAACGAGAUUCAACGAGCUGAAUCUCGACGUCUACAGAGAUUACACCACCAGUUUGGCCUACGACAUGGCUCAGACGAGGCAGAAACACGCCUUCUCCGACCAUUCGGAUCUGGUGGCGAGGCGGAUGGGUUUCAUACCGCUCCCGCUCGGAGUCGUCAUGAUCAGGGUGCUCAUUCAUUCCGUUUCGAUCGACGAUUUCUCCUCGUUUAUAGUUUUCUGCGUGGCGUACCUCAGCUUGGGCUCGUUCAAGAUACUGAACAGUCUCUUGAUCCUGGGGAAGGCUUGCGACUUGAUAACGCAGCACAAGCAGGAGAAGGCUUCCUUGAGCUCUCCUAGUAACAAUCGUUCGAAUAGUCCCCUUCCUACCAAUUUGAAAAGCAAAACGGACACGGCGACUAGCCCGUUACAUCCGGUAGUGGAUCAGCCGGUGGGUAGGUUGGGGUUGUCGAUAAACACCUUUCCCCCGUUGGACGUAAAAUCUGAGGAAAUAACGGAGUCGAACAAGGCACCGCUCGGUGACCUAGGCGCAGCCGCUAUAUUUGCUAACAGCAACGUUGACUUGAAGAACGCUAGUUUGAACGAGGAACUGUUGAAAAUAGACGGGGACGAUAUCAGGAUAGAGUCGGUGAGCGAGGGGGAAGCAGUGACAAGGAGUUUUCCCGAUAUAAAAAGCGAGUUUUUGGACGAAGACAAGAAGUGCGAGACCGUGGAGGAGAGUUUGAAGAGAUCGGAAUCCGAGCCUAAUUUGAAUAAAACGGAAUGCGAGAACACACCAAAGUAAUUAAUUUUUUUUUGGCGGUUUUUAGGGUCUAAAACGUUACAUGAUUACCACUUUGUAUAUAUAUUAUUCGGUAUUAAUAAUUUUAGUGAUUUUA